UUUCUCUGCGACCGGGGCGCUUGUUUGGCUCCUUUCAAUGAAACGUUGGCUGGAUUACUAACAUAUUUGACAUCAUAAAGAUGCCUCUGCCUCCAGCUUUACUUGCAAAACUUGCUAAAAGAGGCAUCGUGAAACAGUCAGACCACGACGCCGAAGAGGAGAUAAUCGCUGAAGACUAUGACGAUAACAACGUGGACUACGAGGCUACAAGACUUGAGAGUUUACCAACCAGCUGGUACAAAGUUUUUGACCCAGCGUGUGGGCUUCCGUACUACUGGAAUGUUGAAACAGAUUUAGUGAGCUGGUUGUCCCCUAAUGACUCUGCUGCUGUCAUCACGAAAGCAGCUAAAAAACAGAAAGGUGACACUGGACACGAGAAAGGGGACAGCCACCAAGAGAAGUCUGAAAGAGAGAGGGAGCGAGAUAAAGAAAGGGACAGAGAAAGGGAGCGUGAUCGAGACAGAGACGACGUACGGGACAGAGAUCGAGACCGGGACAGAGACAGGGAUCGAGACAGACGCUCGAGGAGAGAUGACAGUGCCCCGUACAGUAAAUCAAAAAGAGGAGGAAGUUGGAAGCCGCAACAAGAGGAAAUGGAUCCCAUGGAUCCCAGCGCCUAUUCUGAUGCUCCAAGGGGCUUAUGGUCCUCCGGCCUUCCCAAACGCAACGAGGCAAAGACAGGAGCAGACACCACAGCAGCAGGACCGCUGUUCCAGCAGAGACCGUACCCCAGUCCUGGAGCUGUUCUCAGGGCAAAUGCUGCGAACGUCAGACGCCUGGAGGAGGAUGACGACGAUGAUGACGACUGAACGGGAACAGUGUCUUAAGACAUGUACAUUCAUUAACUGUUAACUGAUUUUUUAAACUUCAGAAAUGGGUUCAUUUGUAAAUAAACCAUGUGUUGUACAAUUUAAAACAAAAGAUUGUUGAACAUGUCAUACACUUC